AUGGCAGAAGAGGCAAUGCCCAAUUUGUCCACUCUCCCACCUCCAAACGCCGACUGGCAAAUCUCCUUGAAGGACAAAGUCAUCGCUAUCACUGGCGCGAACAGAGGCAUCGGUCUCGGGAUCGCCGAAGUCUGCCUCGCCAACAGUGCCAAAGUGGUAUAUUCCCUCGACCUAAUGGACCCCUCAGAAGACUUCGCCACUCUGUCCAAAAAGCACCCGGAUCGAUUCAAAUACAAGAAAAUGGACGUGACGAACGAAGACAGCGUCCAUAAAGCCAUCGACGAAAUCGUCGAAGCAGAAGGUGCGAUCCACGGCAUGAUCGCAAACGCCGGCAUGACCAAGCACCAACCCGCUCUGGACUUCAGUCUCGCGCAAGUCAAGCAGCUGUUUGAACUCAAUGUAUUCGGCUCCUGGAACUGCGCGACUGCUGCUGCGAGGAAGUUUAUUGAGCUUGGGAUCAAAGGAUCCAUCGUCUUCACCGCAUCCAUGACGUCUUACCGACCGAACCGAGCGGCGCCUUCAGCUCCAUACGGAGGCACCAAAGCCGCCGUCAGAAACAUGACCCACACGUUAGCCAUGGAGUGGGCGAAACAUGGGAUCCGAGUCAACAGCAUCUCCCCAGGUUUCGUCAAGACCGCCAUGACAUACUACGUCGAACGCGCUCCGGAUUGGGAUUUGAAAAUGCAGUACUACGGAGGCAUGCCGCGUCUUGCGUUGCCGCAGGAGUUGGGAGGUGCUUAUGUCUAUCUUCUUUCAGACCAGGCGAGUUAUACCACGGGGAUUGAUAUUCCCAUUGCAGGGAUUGUGGGGGCUUGGUGA